GACAAAAACCUGCUUUCCAGCUGGGCACAGAGGCUGCCGGAGCUCGACAUCAUGCGCGCCUCUGUGGGCAUCCUCCUCUGCCUCGUUCACAGCCUCACUGUGGGAUCCGAACACCUGGCAAAGGCCGGAAGGCCCCCGAACGACAAGCAGGUCAUCAGUGUUGGCAAUGGAGGGCCGUGGGGUGCCUGGGGGAGGCCGGAAUUCUGCCCAGAAGGCACCUGUGCCAAUGCUUUUAAGCUGCAGGUUCACUCACCAGCCAACGGCACAGACAAGACGGGCGUCAACGGGAUCAAGCUGCGCUGCUCCAAUCUGUCCACCGUCACCUCCACUGUGGGGCCGUGGGGAGCGUGGACCUCCGCUCGGCUGUGCCCCGUCGGCUACCUGGACUCCUUUGCCUUGCAGACCCAAGAGCCAGCCUCUCAUCAGGACAACAUGGCCGUGACCAACGUGGCGUUCACGUGCUCCUCCUCUAGCAGCCCCCUGGUGGGGGAUGGGCUGCCUGAGGGUGUGCUCGGAGGCUGGAGCCCCGUGUGCCUGCAAGGGGGCAUCUGUGGCAUCCAGACCAAGGUGCAGACCCCCCAGGAGCAGGAGGAUGAGACAGCCCUGAGCGAUGUCCUCUUCUACUGCUGCUCAUGCCCGCCUUCCAGGCCCCCUCGUUUCCCCUAGGCCCGUCAGGCCCAAAGGCCCCCCUCC